AGAAGUUGAAAUGGUCGAACUUUGUACUUUAGGAAAAUUAUUUUGGCAGUAGGAAGAGACCAGAAGCAAGGAGACCAAGAAGACAGCUAUUAGAUUGGUCCAAGUGAGAGGUGUGGAAUACCUAAAGGAGUGUCCAUAUGAGAGGAAGGGAAGGGAUAUGUGGAAGGAGAUUAUGAAGACAGAAUGGACAAGGCGUGGCAACUCAUUGGACGUGGGGCAGUUAAAAGUGUACACAGCACUUUGACUGUGCAGACCGCUAUGUGGCAGACGAAGUUUAACAACCCAAGGCCAGAGCUGUGCAUGGCAGGACUAAGUGAAGAAAGCCAAGAUGCAAGAUUCGGGAGAGCAGACUUUGAGUCAAGUGAGCAACCCUGAAGGCAGUGAUCAGAAACCUGAAACUUCAAGCCUUGCUUCAAACCUUACCAUGUCAGAUGAAAUUAUGACAUGUGCUGAUUACAUCCCUCGAUCAUCAAAUGAUUAUACCUCACAGAUGUAUUCUGCAAAACCUUAUGCACACAUCCUCUCGGUCCCUGUAUCAGAGACUGCUUACUCUGGCCAGACACAGUACCAGACACUUCAGCAGUCCCAACCCUAUGCUGUCUAUCCUCAGGCAACCCAAACCUAUGGACUACCUCCUUUUGGUGCAUUGUGGCCAGGUAUGAAACCUGAAAGUGGUUUAAUUCAGACUCCAGCUCCAAGUCAACACAGUGUUCUUACCUGCACUACAGGGCUAACCACAGGCCAGCCAAGCCCAGCACAUUACUCUUAUCCCAUUCAAGCUUCAAGUACCAAUGCCAGCCUGAUCUCCUCUUCAUCCACAAUUGCCAAUAUUCCAGCAUCAGCAGUUGCCAGCAUCUCAAACCAGGACUAUCCUACAUACACCAUCCUUGGCCAGAGUCAGUACCAGGCAUGCUACCCCAGCUCCAGCUUUGGGGUCACAGGCCAAAGCAACAGUGACACUGAGAGCUCCACGUUAGCAGCAUCCACGUACCAGACCGAGAAGCCCACUGUCAUGGUGCCUGCCCCAGCAGUACAGAGACUUUCCUCUGGAGACCCUUCUUCCAGCCCGUCUCUGUCCCGGGGUACGCCAAGUAAGGACCCCGAAGAGCAGUCUAGGAAAAAUACGCCUGCCAAGAACCGGGGCAAGAGGAGAGCUGAUGCCACACCUGCCCCGGACAGUGAGCUGGAACGGGUCUUUCUCUGGGACUUGGAUGAAACCAUCAUCAUCUUCCAUUCUCUUCUCACAGGAUCCUAUGCCCAGAAGUAUGGAAAGGACCCAACAGUUGUUAUUGGCUCAGGUUUAACUAUGGAAGAGAUGAUCUUUGAGGUGGCUGACACGCAUCUCUUUUUCAAUGACUUGGAGGAAUGUGACCAAGUGCAUGUGGAAGAUGUGGCUUCUGAUGACAAUGGGCAGGACUUAAGCAACUACAGCUUCUCAACGGAUGGUUUCAGCGGCUCAGGAGGCAAUGCGAGUCAUGGCUCCGCUGUGGGUGUGCAGGGGGGAGUGGACUGGAUGAGGAAGCUGGCUUUCCGCUAUCGCAAAGUGAGAGAGAUCUAUGACAAACACAAAAGCAAUGUGGGCGGCCUUCUCAGUCCCCAGAGAAAGGAAGCACUUCAGAGACUAAGAGCAGAAAUUGAAGUCUUAACUGAUUCCUGGCUGGGAACGGCACUGAAGUCUUUACUUCUCAUCCAGUCCAGAAAGAAUUGUGUGAAUGUCUUGAUAACCACCACACAGCUGGUGCCUGCUCUGGCCAAAGUCCUCCUGUAUGGCCUGGGAGAAGUGUUCCCCAUCGAGAACAUCUACAGUGCUACUAAGAUAGGUAAGGAGAGCUGCUUCGAGAGAAUCGUGUCUCGAUUUGGCAAGAAAGUGACAUAUGUAGUGAUCGGAGACGGACGGGAUGAGGAAAUUGCAGCCAAACAGCACAACAUGCCUUUCUGGAGGAUCACAAACCAUGGAGACCUUGUGUCACUCCACCAAGCUCUGGAACUGGAUUUCCUUUAAGGAUGGGAGCUGAGGUGCCAGCCCCAGGAGCCCUUCUCCCUCCCCACGGGGGCUCUUCUCUCUUUGGGACAAGAUGUGAGCCCAGCCGAGCCCAGCGCAGGAAGGGACAGUUUGUUUUCUCCACGAGGGAGAUCCAUCCCCGGGCACGGCCUGGUGCAGAAGCAGGCGACAGAUGGAGAGGACGGCAGUCUCACCUUAGCUACAGUGAUUUCAUUCUCCUAUUGUUGUUUUCUUUUUAAAAGGAAAAAAAAAAUCCCUGAGGCAGAGUUGUGCUCCAGUGUAGUGUGUGAUGGGAAAACACAGUGCUAUGAACUUGUGGUCACUAGGUUAGAAGCAGUAAGCUCUUGUGACGUCUCCGUCCUUUACAAUCCAUUUAGCUAUUGAAUUUAUUCCCGGUGAAUGGAUGUGUUCUUUUUAUAGGCCAGGCUCUGGUCUCUGAAGCAGAUUUUCUCUUUGUCCCUUCUUCAUUAAGCCAAAAGUUGGGGUGGGGCAGAAGGGUAGAUUUUCUUGGAAAAUCUGAAUGAAUGGUCUCUGAUCUCCAUUACCCGUGCCAGUAGCUUUUCCUUAGCUCCUUCCUGUUCUCCACCCUUGAGGUUGGUGGCCCCGACCCCCUCAUCCCCCCAAGCUGUUCUUUCAUUUGGGCCUGCCCCCUCCUGCUGAGGUCACCAGCGGCUUCACUGCUUUGUGAGCCCAGUGCAGGAGCUGGCCCUUAAGGAAAUAUGUCAGGGGCACCCAGGCUUCUGCACUAAAAAGCGCCCCCACAAGUGACCUUCUGUCAUUGUGACAUCUGUUCUAAAAAAUGUUCUCUCUCCCCUGUGCCUCCCUUGCCAAACCCAGAUAAACCUUGGAUUCUUACCCCACCGCUACCAAGGUGUUUGCCCAACACUCAGAUCUCCCAGGCAUCUCAGCGGCUGAACCAGGCCAGAGAAACCAAAGAGAGGGCCCCGUACCUCUUUGCACAUUUCCCAUCUCUAUGGUGCCCUGAUGCCUGCUCCUUUUCUCUCUCUCCCAGUCCCCCAAGACUCUUCUCUCCUAGCUGUGUAGUGAAGCUGCAUCCCUUGGCCAGGUCACCAACCUCCUCAGGCUCUGCCCACACUUCCAGUGCAACCCUGUCCGUAUGACCGACGGUGAACCACCUCUUCUUCCAACAGCUGUGGGGACGUAGCCCAGGCUCCUUUCCAGGUGUAGAUGAUGCUGCUGGGCCCUGACUGUGUGCUGAGACCUUAAACCUGAGGCAAGGAAUUGGGCUUUCUCCAGUCAGCCCUGACUCCCACAGGCUAGCGCUGAGCUUGUGAAUCCCAGGCAUGGCUGGUAGAGUUGCAGCUAUUUGAGCCGUCGAUGUGACCUGAUUUUCCAUUGGCUCCCAGUUUGAAAUGGCAUCUUUGGGGCUCCCUCUGCCAAUCUGGAGACCCUGGGAAAUGCCCGCCAUAAGAGGAACAUCUCUCGUUGGCAGCAGCCUAAGUCUGCCGCCUGAACUUCCCUAGUCUCAGCUGCCUUGGUCUCUGGCUGGAGAGGAGACACAACUGGGGGAGUCAGGAGGCUCUGCCUGUCUUCAGGGGGGCUGUACUCUGCCAACCCAAAGAGAGGAACUGGGCCCUGCCUGAGGCCACCGAGCCCUGCGGAGGAGCAAGCAGCAGACACGAGACCGUCCCUCGGAUCCUGAUGGCCUGAGAAGCUGCUCCUUCCUCAUCCCUUAGAAUUGGCAGAAGCAUCUCCUUCAGAUGCACCUUCGUGACCUGCAGAGCAACAUCAGGAAGAUGAGUCUGCCUUCUCUCUGGUUCUAAGCUUCUCUUACACCUACCCAGAGGACGCUGUGCCAUAGGCUGGGCAAGAAUUGUAGAGGGAUCCACCCUCCAACUUCCCACAUACCAUAGAAAGUUCUCCACUCUUGUGACCUAAGGAGCCUAGAACCCUGGUUUUUUGGGGUUUCCCCGCCCCCCCCCCCAGUACAGGGGCCAGUAGCUGGGUACAGGUUGUUUGCAGAUGAACUCUGACUUUGUCAAGGGAGGAAGUUCUCUCAGGAGAAAUACCCUGGAGGGCAACCAGGCUACUCCAGUCCCCUUGGCCCCCUGCCACCAAAGGGGAGGCCAGGAGGAAUCUGCCUCCACUUUACCAGUUUGCAGUGUUCUGCCUACACAGCACAUACUUCCCUUAUCUCCAGGAAUCUUUGGAAUGGAGAUGACUAUGUUGGGCUGGGCCUAGUAGGGAUGGAGCUGAGGAAUGCUAUGAAUCCUUUAGUUUCCAAGAAAAUAGCCUAGUGGAACAUGCCUGAAACCCUUUGUAUUUGAGACAAUCCCCUAUGGAAUUAGCCAAGUAAUUGACACUUCCACCUGACAUUGGUUCCUGUAAGAUGGGUCCAAAAACUGCCCCUGGUGAUCCACAGCCACCAGGAGAACCCCAGGGUCAUAGGGCGGCUUACCUUUCGAAUGUAAAACUGACCGUGCCUUAGUGUCACCGUGUCCAGAGCACUGACAGGGAAGUCUGUGUGUCCGUGAAGUGACCCCCAAGCUAGCCCAGAAGCCCACCUAGGGCUUCUGCAAUAUGUGUGUUCUCAUUGGGUUUGGUUUUUUCCUUCAUUCUCUGCCGAGGGAUAGGUGUGGAGGCUGUUAGCAGAGAGCAACCAGGUACCAUUUACUCCAAGGUCAGGUUCAGUGAAAGCUCAGGUUGGUGGCAGAUUGCAUUUGAAUGGAAAUAGUGGUGGCUGCAGGGCUCUUCCCAGCCCCAUCUACCACCGCCAGAGUGACUGUGGGGCUGCUGCCAAUGCCUGGGGAGAGCUGCCAGGCAGACGCUAUGCACAUACGUGACUGUCCUCCUUGUGGGGGCCGUGAUGGGCAGAAGGCUGUAGCCAGCUCUGGGAGAGGCAGGCUCACCGUACAGAACUUCCACGCCCCUGAGACAGGUUUCAUUUCUCACCAUUCCUUGUUUCGUUAUUCAUUCAGAAGCUGAAGCAUUCAAACUGUGGAAACCAGAUUUGAAUCCUGGGAGGUCUCAAGCCACAGCAAAGAAAUUCAUGUCCUGACCCUGGGUGAGCUCAGUAGCAAUGGUUCAGUCCUCCCUUUGCUCCCUCUCAGAAAGAAGACUGGAAAAUAAAACUACUUGGCUAGUCCCUACUGCACUGACAGGAACCAUUCCCUUAAGGACUGAUUCUGCUUAAAACUGGAUUUUUCCCUCUGGACUUUCGAUGCCUCAAAGCAGGAAUAAAACGUGGGAUUUGGAAUAUUUAUGUGACCGAGGGCAUUCGUGGCUGUAGAUUCCUUGACCAUAAUGUUAUAUGUAAUGGGAACUAUCUUAUAAACUUGAAAAAAAUAAAGUUUUUAUUUUCUA